AUGGGUCCCACCAAUCCAUUCUCUCGUGAUCCUGAUGCUCAGCAUAACAUUCUGGCGUACAAAAUCUUCACCCUGAUAUCUUUCCUACUGUCCUUCGUCACAGCCAUUGUCUACACCCAUAGCCCGCCACUGGAUGGAAGCUAUACCAAUGGAACCAUCUUUGGAAUUUCGAAUCUCCACGUGACUCCUUUCACCCAAUCUCACGUCUUCGUAUCCAUCUACUGGAUUGUCCUUUACAUCCUCCAAGUCGGCUACAUCUGGCAUCUUUUCUCCGGAAAUGAAGCCCACGUUAAGGCUGCAGCCUCGGUUGGCUCACACUUUAUCCUUUUCAACCUCCUUCACUUUGCCUGGAUCAUGCUGUGGUGCCGCUCGCACUUCUUCCUUUCCGAAGUGGUACAGGUGAUUCAGUUCCUGCAGCUCACCGCCUUGUAUCUCCGCCACUCGACCCUCCCCCGCUGGAUCCACACCCCCGUUGUUGCCAUGCCGUUGACCUUCACCUUUUUCCUCGUGGUGUGGAACGGUGCUGUGAUGGUCCACUGCCACGACUUGAUCUGCCGCAUUCUUGCAAACAUUGCCAUCUGGGGAAUCGUCGUCUACGCCGGCUUCUUCUUGGCUGUUUUCAAGGAUUGGCACGUUGGCUUUGCAACCGCAUUCUUGAGUGCCGGACUCGGUGUUGGUCAGUUCUUCACAAAGACCAUUGCUCUCCAGUGGCCGUUUGCGUUCGCCAUUAUGAGCAUUGUUUUCGUUUCUACAUGCGCCGUUGCUUUUCCAGAGGUCUUUGGUGCUAGCGAGGCAAGAGAGGGCGGCGAGAGAGCUCCACUUCUCCGUGAGGAUGCUUAA